CUUCCACCCUCAGAUGGUGCAGAGUUAUCUUCGUCAUGGGCCUACACAGGCUUUUGGUCUGAUAUGCAGUGCUUCGUCAAACUCUGUCUACGAUGGCAAAUUCGCCUAUGUCCCAGCCCUUGAAGAUGUGCUGGUAUGGGAUGUGAAAAAGGGACAAAUGAUUGCAAUGUGGCACGAAACAGGACAUCGAGCAGAAGUUACUUGUAUUAUUCGCUCCCCCCGAAAAGAAACUUUUGCAGUCGGGUAUGCUGAUGGUUCUAUUCGUUUGUGGGAUGCAGGCAGUGGCUCUGUUAUGUCUACUUUCAAUGGCCACAAGAAGUCGGUCACGGCUCUUGCUUUCGACGAAGAAGGAACUCGUUUGGCAUCGGGAUCGCAGGAUACCGACCUCAUCGUUUGGGAUGUCGUCGCCGAGGCUGGUCUUUUCCGUCUUCGCGGACAUCGGGAUCAAAUAACUGCGAUUCGCUUCCUCAAAGCAGCUGACAAUUUGCCAUCUACGUCGAAUGCUUCGUUCUCUGGUUUUCUUCUCACUAUCUCAAAGGACACAUUUUUGAAGUUUUGGGAUCUGUCAACACAACACUGUGUCCAAACAGUGAUUGCCCAUCGUUCAGACGUCUGGUCCAUGGACUUGAAUGUAAAUCAGAACUUGAUUUUUACUGGAAGCGGUGAAGGGGAGCUCAAGGCAUGGAAAAUCGAUCAUGACGCCUUAUUGGAGGGACUGACGGAGACCGAAUCUGGAGAGGUUUCAAAAAUGAUCACGCCUCUGUCUAGCCUCCCACUUUCUUCUAAUCAUCGCGUCUCCGGCAUUGCUUUCCACCCUUCAAAACCCUACCUUGCUGUCCAGUCUCAUGACCGCACAGUCGAGAUUUUCCGGAUACGGACAGAGGAGGAAGUACUGAAGAAACAAGCUCGAAGAAGGAAAAGGGCCAAGGAGAAGAAAGAGAAGCUAGGAAAGGAGGGGAAGGAUGAUUUAAAUGAAGGCACGGAAGAAAAAGAUGUCGCGCUGGUUGAUUUAUUCACGCCUCACGUUGUUGUGCGAGCUAGUGGUAAAAUAAGGUCGUUUGACUUUGGCGGAGAAGGUACUGCAGGUAAAGGUGUCCAGAUAUUGCUGGCCCUAUCUUCAAACGCCAUAGAGGUGUAUAAUAUUCCACCGCCUGUGAAGUCGAAAGAAGGUCCUGAAGAAGCUAUCCGGCUGUUCUCGGUAGACCUACCUGGCCAUAGGACAGAUAUACGUUCAUUGUCCUUGAGUUCAGAUGACCAGCUAUUAGCCUCAACUUCGAAUGGCUCGUUGAAAAUAUGGAACAUGAAAACAAACUCGUGCAUACGUACCAUGGAUUGUGGUCACUCAAUUUGUAGCACUUUUCUUCCUGGCGAUCGCCAUGUUAUCGUCGGAACCAAAAAUGGCGAAAUUCUGGUAUAUGAUCUUGCCUCGUCUUCUCUCAUCGAGACUAUAAAUGCACACUCUGGCACUGUUUGGUCUUUGCAUGUACGUGCUGAUGGAAACGCAGUAGUCAGUGGAAGUGCAGAUAAGGAUGUGAAAUUCUGGGAUAUCGAGGAGAAACCCAGGGAAGACCAAACUAGGGCUCUGACUCUGACCCAUAUAAGGACACUGAAGAUGACUGAUGAUGUUUUGUCCGUGCGGUACAGUCCCAAUGGAAAACUUCUCGCAGUGUCGCUACUGGACUCGACAGUCAAAGUGUUCUAUCAAGAUUCCCUCAAAUUUUUCCUCUCUUUGUAUGGUCAUAAGCUUCCAGUCUUGUCCAUGGAUAUUUCACACGACUCCAAAAUUAUUGUAACCUGUUCUGCCGACAAGAACGUGAAGAUCUGGGGGCUUGAUUUCGGGGAUUGCCACAAGUCGAUUUUUGCCCACGAUGAAAGUGUCAUGCAAGUGGCUUUUGAGCAUCAGUCACAUUAUUUCUGGACCGUUGGGAAAGACAGCAUGCUGAAAUAUUGGGAUGGUGAUAAGUUUGAAAACAUCCAGAAGCUUGAGGGGCACCACCGAGAAGUGUGGGCGCUUGCCUUAAGCCACCAUGGAAACUUCGUGGUGACCGGUUCACAUGACAAGUCGAUUCGUGUAUGGGAGAAACUUGACGAGCCACUCUUUCUAGAAGAGGAGCGAGAAAAGGAACUCGAGAAUAUGUACGAAAAUGGGAUAGCUGAUUCCCUGAAUCGUGACUCCGGGAACGAUGGAAUACCUAACCAAACCGAAGCAACAGCGGUCACUAAACAAACUGCAGAGACACUUAUGGAUGGAGAGCGUAUCAUGGAGGCUCUUAUGCUUGCCGAUGAAGAGCGAAGAAUUUUCCAAGAACACGAGGAUGCGAUGGCUCGCCUAUCGAACGACGAUGCCAUGAGGUUGCAGCCACCUCCUCGUAACCCCAUUCUAGCUGCAUAUGAUCUCGGGCCCGAGGCUUAUGUCCUCCGGGUCGUGGAAAAGGUCCAGAGUACGUCACUACACGAUGCUUUGCUGGUCCUGCCGUUUGGUAAAGUGGUCUCCUUGAUGAAUUACCUUAACAUAUGGGCGCAAAAGGAGUGGAACAUUGUUCUUCCAACCGCAUCAUGCGGACGUGCGCUCAUUCCUCUACGAAAACAUUUACGCGAUGCUCUUCGACGACAGAAAGAUACUAUCUCGUACAAUUUGGCGGCAUUACAGUACAUGCGCCGAAGGAAUGAUCAUGACCGGAGUGUACAAUUCUACGAAGAAGAAGGUAUGGACGAAGAGAGUGUCCGCACCAGAAUCGCAGAAGGAAGAAAACGCAAACGCGUUGCGAUCAAGGCAUGA